CCAUCAAGAUGAAAAUAUUUUGAGUUUGAUUUAUGAAGUUGGAGGCUGGGAUACUAGUUGGUAGUGAUACUGAAUGUCCCAACCAACCAACGAUUUGAGCGUAAUGCUGAAUCACAGACCUGCCAUCAUGUUUCUAUCAAUCUUGGUCUCUUUUCUAUUGAGCAGCAGUCUUUGCCAUUGUCUCCAGAGUGAUAUUGAUUGUCUAAAAUCAAUAAAGUCCACUUUGGAAGAUCCAAAAGGCUACUUCGCUGAUUGGGAUUUUAGCAACUACACUGAAGGAUUCAUAUGUAGAUUUACAGGGAUUGAGUGCUGGCAUCCUGAAGAAAGCCGUGUUCUCAAUAUCAUGCUUUCUGAUAUGGGACUCAAAGGAAGGUUUCCAGUUGGUCUGAAGGAUUGCAAAUCUUUGACAGGCUUGGAUCUUUCAAGGAAUCAAAUCAGUGGGCCUAUUCCAUCAAACAUCUCCAAAAUCAUUGGUUUUGUGACCACCAUUGAUCUCUCAUUCAAUCAAUUAUCAGGACAGAUACCUCAAGACCUUGCAAGAUGCUCACUCCUGAAUGCUAUUAAGCUUCACAACAACCAGUUUUCUGGACGAAUACCUCCCGAACUCGGUCUGCUCGGUCGGGUGGUGACAUUCAGUGUGGCAGAUAACAGUUUGACAGGACCUGUCCCAAGCUUUCAAAACAAAACCUAUCUUAGCUAUGGCAAUAAUGCAGGACUAUGUGGUGCCCCAUCUCUGCCUCAGUGCAAGGGUGAGGGUGUGUCAAUGAUAGCAAUGUCCGGAUUCAUUGCUGGCGCGGCAGCUGGUGGAAUUUUAUCCUUUGCCAUAGCCAUGUACUAUUGUUUUCCAAGGAAAAGAAAGAAGAUCCCAAUGGUAAUAGUUGGGCGAGGACAAUGCAGGACCCCGGAGCCUCAAGUUUAGUAUUAGUAUUUAUCAUAAAACUAGGGUUCUCUCCAUCCCGAUAAAUAGUAUACUCCGUAACUCUUAGAUAAGUUAAUAAUUCCGUCAAAGAUCUUGCGUAUGCAAUUGUUACUCCAUAUAAGACAUUUAAAUGACUACAGAUUUAUGAAGCGGUCGAUUUCAUGAACUUAGACAUGUUCGCUGGCUCCUAUAAUACAAGUUUAGGAUAGUAUAUUUGAUGAUGAAAGUGAUUUAAAAUCAAGAAACAUUGUUAGUAGCUUGGUAGAAAUGAUACAAUGUUAUCAAUUUGUUUGUAUUGGGUAGUUGAUGACAAAAGUAUGUGAUUGACGAAUAUGAUGUCACAUUUCUUAAAAUAAUAGAUUGAGGUAUUCCCGGGAUUGUGAUCUUGAUUAAGAACACAAAAGGAAA